ACCUCCUGAGUGUGGAGUUUUAAAUCAGUGUGAAAAUACAAAGAAAAGGCAUUUUUCGGGAUAUACAAUGCCAGUUUCUCGUAGAAAUACAUAUACAAACAAGUAAGUAAUACAUCUGCCAAGGUGGGAUGGAUCCCAAGACUAGGUGAGGUUGCAAACGCCCUCCCUGGCUGUACGGAAUGGAAGUCUUUGGAAAAUGGCGGCCUCCGGUAUCAUAAUCCUCAUGGACGCGGCCAUGUCCUUCCCUUGACAACCGCUGUAAGAAGACGACCCGCCGAAUAGACUGUAGUACGCCAUGAUAACUACUGGCAGGGCGUGGCCUCACGGCUUCUACUGAGCCUGCGCACCAUUCAAUCCCCGGCGCGCCAAGAAACGCCCACGGGAAUCGAACCCAGGCCGGAAGUGGCCCAGCGCGGCCAUUUCGCUUAGGUUGUUAACUGGGUCUAACCUGUCCGUCCCCUGCGUGGGACGCUGCGGUGAUUUAGGAUGUCAGCAGUGGACGUCCUGUGGGGCCAAUGAGGGGAACUCGGCUUGCGGACUUCCCGGUGGCUCUGCAGAGCCCCCGGAUCAGACCACACCAGUGACACUGUUGGUCUCCUUAGAAGCCCAGCCAGACUCUCCCCCGCAGCUCUGACUGAAGCCUCCAGAUGCCCACCCAGCUUUGGGCUCCCGGGAAGAAAGGACUUGCCCACAAGAGAGACCGAGAAGUGAAGCCCAGAGGAGACAUGACUGCUGGCGAGGAUUUGUCCCAGAGGUCCCAGGCCCUGGGUUCAGAGGAGCAGGAUGGACCAUGCGAGGUAUCAGUGUCAUUUGAGGAUGUGACCAUGGACUUCAGCAGGGAGGAGUGGGAGCAGCUGGGCCCCGCCCAGAGGUGCCUGUACUGGGAUGUGAUGCUGGAGAUCUGCAGCCACCUCCUCUCCCUGGGGUACCCUCAUUCCAGGCCAGAGAUGAUUUUCAGGAUGGAAAAGGAACAGGAGUCAUGGAUAAGGGAGGCUCAGCUCCCACAUCAGUGGCGUCCAGAAGGGGAGUUUGGACUCAAAACCUCACGACAGAAAAUUUUUGAAAAAGCUUCAUUUCGCGACGGUAAGGAACUUGCGGCCCCGGGAGGCGGGUCAGGGUGCUCCGUCCUGGGAGAUGUGAACCCCACAACGAGGGGUCUGCAGAAGCAAGGGAAACCUUCGCGGCACGGGGCUCUCCUCAGUAGGGAAACACCGGAUACAGAGAGAGACCGCGGGUGUAAAGACCCGGGAAAAAUCGCUCCUGUGAGGCCCCAUCUUGUUUCUCCACAAAAAAGGCCUCCUAAACGUGGCUCAUUUGUGAAAAGUUUGAAGCCCAACCUAGAAGGAAGUCCUCAAAAGCAAAGCGACGGCACAGAACACCUCGAUGGGACUGUCAGCUCUGGCCGGCUACUCCCCCAUAGCCCUUCCGGUCCUGGCUACAAGAGCCUUCGUCCAGGAGUGAACCUGUGUGAAGGGAAUCCACAUACGAAAGUCGGCAGCCGUAAACCGCCACACGCACAGCAUCGAGUUCAUACGUGGGAGAAACCCGAUAAAUGUGCCGAAUGUGGCAGGGGCUUCGGCCAGAAGCCACCCCCCGAGCAGCAGAGAUUCCACGGCGUGGAGAACCUCCAGGAGAGCGGGAAAUGCACGACGAGCCUUGCCCCGCGGCCAGACCUCGGCGCGUAUCUGCCCGCUCACGCAGGACACGUUCCGUACAUAUGUAAGGAGUGCGGGAAAGUCUUCGCUCAGAGGUCGGAACUGACGACACACCAGAAAAGCCACGCUAGACAGAAGCCCCACAAAUGCCAGGAAUGUGGAAAAGCCUUUUUCCAGGCGUUAUCUCUCUUCAGACACCAGAGAACCCACACUCGAGGGAAGCUCUACGAGUGCGGCGAGUGUGGGAAAGGCUUCUCCCAGAAGUCCACCCUCGCCAUCCAUCAGAAAAUCCACGCCGGCGAGCGGCAGUAUGCGUGCGGCGAGUGUGGGAAGGCCUUCACCCAGAAGUCCGCGCUCAGCCUGCACCGGAGGAUCCACUCGGGGGAGAAGGCCUACGCGUGCCUCGCGUGCGGCCAGGCCUUCGUGCAGAAGGCCCACCUGACCGUGCAUCAGAGAAGCCACACCGGAGAGAAGCCCUACAAGUGCAGCGACUGCGGGAGAGCCUUCAUUUGCAAGUCGCAGCUCGACAUACAUCGCCGCAUCCACACCGGGGAGAAGCCGUACGAGUGCCGUGACUGUGCAAAAGCCUUCACGCAGAAGUCACACCUCAACAUGCACCGGAAGAUCCACACGGGAGAGAGACAGCACGUGUGCCGUGACUGCGGCAAGGCCUUCACCCAGAAGUCCAUCCUCAACAUGCACCAGCGCACCCACACCGGAGAGAAGCCCUACAAGUGCAGCGACUGCGGCAGAGCCUUCACCUCCAAGUCACAGUUCAGAGAGCACCAGCGGGUCCACACGGGCGAGAAACCCUACGUGUGCGCCGAGUGUGGGAAGGCUUUCAACGGCAGGUCCAAUUUCCACAAACAUCAGAUGACUCACACGAGAGGGAAGACCUUUGCCUGCCACACGUGCGGGACCGCCUUUGGCCAGAAAUCAGAGCUGAUGGCACAUCGGAGAACUCACGUCGGACAGAGGCCUCACGAAUGCGGGGACUGUGGGAAAUCCUUCGGUAAGAAACCACAGCUCCAAGUGCACCGGCGAAUUCACACGGGAGAGACGCCCUAUGCGUGUCCUCAGUGUGGGAAGGCCUUCAACAACAGAUCCAAUUUUAAUAAACACCAAAGAACUCAUACCAGAGACAGACCUUACGAGAGCAGUUACUGCAUGAAAGGCAUUACCCAGACAUCCGUUCCCAGUAUGCAUCAGCAAUAACAUAAAGUGAAACAAAGUCUAAAUUUCUCGAAGGAAAAAAAAAUCUAAAAAAUCUCCGUAGAGUCUGAUUCAAUUGUAUGUUACAGAAUCCACGAUUCAGAAGGACCCCCGGAAUGCGCUGCAUUGUUGCAAAGGUACACCUUGUUUUAUAUGAAGGAAAUCGCUUAAACAAGAACAUUUAAGAAUGAGGGGAAGUGUCCAUAUUCGUACUAACCUCGUCAAGGAUUAUAAAACUCUCUUGGGAAGAAACCCGGACUAACCUUGAGAAAAGUGUCUCUGUAGAAAGUAGUACAAGAGGGGCGCCUGGGUGGCUCAGUCAGUCAAGCAUCCGACUUCGGCUCAGGUCACGAUCUCGCGGUCCGUGAGUUCGAGCCCCGCGUCGGGCUCUGGGCUGACCGCUCAGAGCCUGGAGCCUGUUUCAGAAUCUGUGUCUCCCUCUCUCUCUGCCCCUCCCCCGUUCAUGCUCUGUCUCUGUCUCAAAAAUAAACGUUAAAAAAAAAAAAAAAGUAGUACAAGAUAAAAUUUUGCCAGAUUUUUUGAUAAAUGCAUAAAUGUGAUUUUGUGAUGUAUACUGGUCUUCACGGGGCACCUCUUCUCUUACACGACUAGCCCAGCUCUCCCCUCCCCACUUCUUCCCACCCCCACCACUUCUGGCGAGCAUCUCCGUAAAUAACCAGCGUCAACCUUUCGGUGUGGACUUUUUCCCAUUUUUAUACAGCCUCCUGGUCACUUCCCCAGGGUCAGCAAACUGGCCGUUGGCCACCCGGGUUUUUUAAAUAAAAAUUUUACCGGACACAGCCACGUUCAUCUGUUUGUGUAUGGCGGGCGUGAGUAACCCGUGGCGGAGCCCACGUGGCCCGCAAAGCGGAGAAUAUUUACCCUCCGGCCCUUACAGGAGAUUGCCAGCACCUGGUGUCCGCACACACUCAUCCCUAUGCUCAUAAUCCUACACCUGUGUCGGAGCUCUGUCCUUGGUUCUGUCCGUAUCAGAUCCUGUCACAGGCGUGUGUGCCUCGUUCUUCUCGAGCUGCGACACGUCCGUUCGGUGGCUGCACCAUAUGCUGUAGGGUGAACACGCUCUAACAUAUUCAACCAGCCUCACAGGUUUUACUCUUCCCCACUUUUUUUUUUUGCUACAAGAAAGAAUAGCAUAGUGUUGUCGGACACAGGCCCAGGAGCCAGGCACCUGUAUCUGAUCCUACGUCAGUUGGGCAAGUGUUUAAUUCCUGGGUUUCAGAAGGACGAUGCCAACGUCCUUUUGUGAGAAGUAAACAGGUCCGUGUUAAGCACUUGGAACCAACAGAUGCGUGGAAGUGAAAGGCGGGGGAUUAAGGCCGGUGGGGAGAAGUGAGUAAAAUCAGCUCUCCUUAGUAAGAAACCAGGUGGGAGCUCUGGUCCCGGGGAUUCUGUUCCAGCCUCCAGCAAACCCUCGGCUUGGCACUGGGGCUCCUAGGGCUGUGAAGUUGAUGUCCAUGGGGAGGCUGGUGUGGACGGGCUGUAGCUCCUUGGAGAACAGCCUGGAGCCCUAGGAGUUCAUGCCGUCUGCAGCUGACUGGGGCCAAAAAGCCAGGAUGGGGGAGGGGCAGCCACACGAACCCAGGACUUCAGGACCGCCCAAGACAGAACAUUCUACCUCCAACCCCAGUUUACCUCUGGUGGCUCUGCUCCUGGCAGAGGUCCCGGCCCUCCGGCAAACAGUGGUGGCCAGAGAACAGACGGGGCGGUAAGAGGAGCAUCUUUGCAGCCUUACAGGGGGGAGGGCAGGGAGGCCAGGUGGCCUGUGCCCCCCACACCGUGGAGGGACCUGCGGCUCCCUGUGGGCUCCUCAAGCAGCAACCCCCUCCCUGGCAGCCAUGUCCUCAUCCUCAUGAUUGCAGCCCCGGUGGGAGUUGGGGAAGCCGUUUAUCCUCAGGUAGCGAAUGGGGCAUGGGGCAAACAUGCCUCCAAGGAAGCCACAGUAGGGGAGCCUGGAGAGGCAGAGAGAGUUGGAAGCCAGGAGUUUCAGGCAACAGGGCCCUGGCCCUGGCUUUCUAUCCCUAAGCUUUAUUUCUGCGUUCCCCCUUCUCCACUCACCCCGGUGAUAACCUCUCCCCUGACCCUUCGGGUGUCCCCUUCCCUGAUCUUGCGGUCGCCCUUCCUCUGCCUCUUCAGACGGGUCCUCGACCCCUGGGAUAUCCCCUCCUCUAAAUCCUGACAGGCCCACCUGAUGACCACUUGAUGGCCCUUUCUCCCCAGAUCCCUAAGAACACCCUUUCCUGCCCCCUGGCCAGCCCCUCCUUUCAUACAUUCCUCUUCUCUGGCUUUUGUCAUGACCCCCUCUGUCUACCACUGGACCCCUGUGACACCUGCAUCCAAAAGGAAGGUUCUUCCCUGUCUACCAGGAUUUUCCCCGCCCCAUUGUCCCAGAGUCGGCCCCAGGGAUCAGGGCCUGGACCUUACAGAUGGGCAGGGCGGCAUCCAGGGAAGCGCACGGUCUGGCCACCCGUCCCCCACAGGCGGCCCCCUCCCUCCAUCCGCUCAUAGCUGGACUUGUCUAUACCAACAGACACAAGGGUGGGGAAGAUGUCACAGAUGUAGAGGCCACUGUCAUCCUCUGGGAGGAGGUUCACAUGGUGGAAGGAGGCAGUCUUAUUCCUCUGUGCGGCCUCCCAGAAGCCCACACUGCAGCCUGCCCAGCGCUGAAGGCGGUAUUGCGUACCUGGGAUGGACGGAGAUGCUCAGUGCUCCCUCACCAGCAGGCAGGAGCAUGCCCCACCUGCCAGGCCCCUCUUCUCCCCUUUCCAAGUACCAUUCUCUUGCCUGGACUCUCUUCCCACCAGAGCUGGCAAACCCAGACCCGUCCACAAGGGCACGGUUCAAAGGUUCCCUCCCAUGGAAAACUUUCCUUGGAUUCCCACCCCCAUCCUGGGCAGGGUCACUAUCUUUAGCCUCCCAGCUCUGCCUCCUUGGCCAUGUUCAGGGUUCUCAAGGAUGAUCCCCUGCAAGAGAUCAUCUGAGGGAGGCAGAGAUUAGGGUGAGCAGGGACCACCUACAUUUAAGUUGUUUAUUUUGAGAGAGAGAGAGAGAGAGAACGCACAAGUGGGA